AAUCAAAUAAUAUGGAGAAAGUUGAUGACAGAGAACCAAGAGGGACACAGAGAGAAUCUGAAGUUACAUAUGAUGAAGUUGUUCCUGAACUCAUAUUUGCAUUGGUUGGAGACUCAAACUCAGUUGAAAAAGAAAAAAGAAAUCUCUUAUUUGAUCAUGACGAACAAAAAUCAGAAAAACAGAUUUCAACUAAAAUGUAUGACUUGUGUGGUCGACACAUCUGUGUCUUGAACAUGCUUGAUCUUCCAAACAUUGAUUCAAUCCCAUCAAAUCAAGAAGUUCAUGCUUUCAUCCUGCUGGUAGCAAACGGUCAGCACAGCAGUCAUUACAGAUCAGGAAUGCAGUGGUUAGAGAAAACCUUUGGAAAACAAUGUUUUCCUUAUGUGAUCACAGUUGUGACUCAUAACCCACAUGAAAACUGUGAAAAUGUAGUUACAGAUUUAAAAACUUUCAGCAGUUUCUCAGAGAAAAGAUACUACACAUCAAAAAGAAUAAAAGAUGAAAAGGAAUUAAUAACUAUGCUGGAAAAAAUAAAUGUCAUGGUCUCUGAAAACAAACCUCCAUGCUGCAGUUUUGUCACAACUGACAUGAAUAAAGAAAGGAAAGAAAAAAUGGAACAAAAAUCUCUGAGUGAAGAAGGAGUUACCACAGAUUCUUUCAAAGUGGACACAGGUGGAAGCACAGAAAAGGGUGAUCCAGUUAAGAAAGAUGAUGAGGCUGAAAACUCCAAGAAGACAGACGACAACACAGUGGAACAACCUGAAGAACAAUCUGUUGCUGGAGACGCAGAUGACAAAGAUUCCUUCAAUGUGGACUCAAGUGGAAACGAAGGAGAGGGAUAUCCAGUAAAGAAAGAUGAUGAACUCUCCAAGAAGACAGACAAGACAGUGGAACAAGCUGAAGAAACAUCUGCUCCUGUUGACCCAGACGACAAAGGUUUUUCUGAUGUGGACAGAAGUGGAAACACAAAAGAGGUCAGAUAA